AUUUUCUUUGAACCAUUUUUACCGCAUUCUUGCCUUCAGGGUUUCAUGAAAUAUGUACGAAACACAUCACGUGACCCGAAAGCGAAAGGCCCGAAAGCACAACUAGGCGACACUCCUUUCACCUUUAUGACGCGGCGGAUCGGUCACGCUUACGAAGUCUAUCCUCUGAUUUUCUUAGCCGGCUUCUGGUUUGUGAUUUUCUGCGCGACAGCGUACUAUAGCUUUACAAAAAUUGAAAUUUGGUUGGAUAGAAGUGAGCAGGCUCUUCUUCAAAGAUGCAGUUGCUUUGAUCUAAAUCCAUCGCACCAUGGGAUUGGGAGCGAUCUAGGGAUACCUACUACAAGCAAGGAACUGUUGCACCCUGAACCUGCGUCUUUUAGAUUUGACAGGAAGGGUGUCACUCGUCAACGUUGCGAGUUGAUGGAAAUACUUCAGGACGAAAUGCUCGAAGCUGCCAAGAAGAGAGGAACUCGAUAA